AUGGGUCAGGAAAGUAUUCUAGCCCUUCCCGGAGAUACCACAAAGGCAGUGAUCACCUUGUCCCCUCCGUGGAUCAAUGUGUUCCAAGAGGAAAGUGUAACCUUACAGUGUGAGGGGCGGAGUCCGCCUGGAGACAACUCCACCCAGUGGUUUCACAAUGGCUCAGUCAUCCAGACCCUGACACCCAGAUACAGUUUAAAUGCUGCCACGUUCAGUGAUGGUGGUGAAUAUAGGUGCAAAACAGGUCUCUCAGUGCUAAGUGACCCGAUACAGCUAAAAAUCCACAGAGAUUGGCUGCUACUCCAGGUGUCAGGCCAAGUCUUCACUGAAGGAGAUCAUCUGUCCUUGAGGUGUCAUGGAUGGAAGAACAGCAGGUUGUCCAAAGUAAUUUUCUAUCAAAACGGCAAAGCUUUCAACUUUUCUCAUUUCAAUCCUAACAUCAGCAUUUCGAAAACCAGCCUGGAUCACAAUGGCAUCUAUCAUUGCUCAGUAAAGGGAAGGCAACAGUACACAUCAGCAGGAGUACAUAUUAUUGUGAAAGAGCUAUUUCCAGCUCCAGUCCUGAAAGCAUCCUUGUCAUUCCCUCUCCUAGAAGGGAAUCCAGUAAACCUGAGCUGCGAAACAAAGUUGCUUUCACAGAGACCUGAUUUGAAGCUUUACUUCUCCUUCUAUGUGGGCAACAAGAUCCUGAAGGACAAGAACACAUCCUCUGAGUACCAGAUACCAACUGCUAAAAGAGAAGAUUCUGGGUUAUACUGGUGUGAGGCAGCCACAGAAGACCAAAAUAUCAUUAAGCGCAGCCCUGACUUGGAACUUCAAGUGGUUGGUCCACAGUCAUCAUCGAUUUCUGUCUGGUUUCAUGUAUUUUUCUGUCUAGCAGUGGGAAUAAUAUUUUUGGUGGACACUUUUCUUUUUGUAAUAACAUGGAAGGAACUCCAAAGGAUGAAAAAGUGGAAUUUAGAAAUCUCUUUGGCUUCUCGCUAUUGGAAAAAGGUAGCUUCUUACCAUCAACAAAACACGUAUCUAGAAGAGCCAGAGUGUCAGGAACAAGAGGAAGAAUGCACAAGAAAGGAGAGACCAGGAGACAGAGCAGCAAUAGUGGAACCCAAUGAGUUGCCAUAA